AACUGUCACUGUCAAUUUUCACCCCCGCGAUGCGGUAGCGUCGGCGCGUGUGUAUUUGUUUCAAUAAAAAUUCACUGUAAUUUGUGUUUUGCAAUUUGUGAAACUUCGUGUGAUAAGUGGUUUUAAUUGUGGAAACAUGUUGGUGUUAUUUGAAACCCCAGCGGGGUACGCUAUAUUCAAGUUGCUGGAUGAGUCAAAACUAUCACAAAUAGAUGAUUUGUAUCAAGAAUUCAAUUCCCCAGAAGGAGCAUCAUCUGUUGUAAAGCUAAAGAACUUUAUCAAGUUUGAAGACACAACAGAAGCCCUCGCUGCUACCACUGCAGCUAUUGAAGGCAAAAUCUCCAAACCAUUGAAGAAAGCCCUCAAAAAGUAUGUCAGCAAGGAAAUACAAGACCAGCUGCUCGUCGGUGAUGCCAAACUUGGAAGUGCCAUAAGAGAAAAGUUUGAUUUGCAAUGUGUUUCCAACUCUAAUGUUCAAGAGCUGCUGAGAUGUAUCCGCUCACAAAUGGACAGCCUUCUCUCAGGCUUGCCAAAGAAAGAGAUGACCGCCAUGGCUUUGGGUCUCGCUCACUCACUCUCCCGAUACAAGUUGAAGUUUUCACCAGACAAAAUAGACACAAUGAUCGUUCAAGCUCAGUGUCUUCUGGAUGAUUUAGAUAAGGAGUUGAAUAACUACAUCAUGAGAUGCCGAGAGUGGUACGGCUGGCACUUUCCUGAACUAGGAAAAAUUAUUACCGACAAUACUUUAUUUGUAAAAAUAGUCAAAUUAAUUGGUACACGAGACAACGCCUCCAAGACGGAUUUAUCUGAUAUUUUGCCUGAAGAUCUGGAAGAGAAAGUCAAAGAAGCUGCUGAGAUAUCCAUGGGCACCGAGAUCUCGGAUGACGAUAUCAUGAACAUUCAGAAUUUAUGUGACGAAAUAAUUAACAUAACUGAUUAUAGGACACAUUUAACAGACUACCUCAAAGCUAGAAUGAUGGCUAUGGCUCCGAACCUAACGGUUUUGAUCGGUGAACAUAUUGGUGCUAGGUUAAUAGCUCAUGCAGGAUCAUUGAUGAAUUUGGCAAAGCACCCAGCGUCAACUAUACAGAUUUUUGGAGCGGAGAAAGCAUUGUUCCGUGCGCUUAAGACGAAGAAAGACACACCGAAGUAUGGUUUGAUUUACCAUGCACAGUUAGUAGGGCAAUCUAGUGCUAAGAAUAAAGGGAAGAUGUCAAGAAUGUUAGCAGCCAAGGCAGCGCUGGCAACCAGGGUGGAUGCGUUUGGAGAGGAGGUGUCGUUUGAGCUGGGGGCUGAACACAAGGUCAAGCUGGAGAACAGGCUGCGGCUGCUGGAAGAAGGCAACCUGAGGAGAAUCAGUGGCACAGGCAAAGCAAAGGCCAAGUUUGAGAAAUAUCACAGUAAGAGCGAGGUGAGCCAGUACCCGACCGGCGCCGACAGCACGCUCGGCAAGGCGGUGAAGCGCGAGCGCGACGACGGCGUCGACGAGGAGGACGGCGUCGCCCCUAAGAAGAUCAAGCUGGAAGAUGGCGCUAAUGAUGUGUCACCUAAGAAGAAAAUCAAGAAGGAAAUCAAAGAAGAACCAAUGGAAGACAAUGAGAACGGCCUAGAGACCUCAGCAGCGCCAUCUUCCGAAAAGAAGAAAAAAAAAAAGAAAAAAUUCGAGUCCAACGACGCUAAUGAAUCGCUGGUCGAGCCCAAAUCAGAGCCCGAGGAGCCCAAAAGCGAAAAAAAAAAGAAAAAGAAAAAACACACACAAGACGAGUGAGGCUGCUAGUCAAAUUACGACGGCAUUGGUCGAUACGAAAUAUGAAGGAUUAUUUCUGUUUUUUUACAAUGUUUUGCCCUAAGUAGACCUUUUAUGAGUUGCAAUCAUACAGGGUGGAAACGGUAAGAGAUCUCACUCGAUUAUUUCUAAACUAUACAAGAUAUUGAAAAACUGGUUACUGAUCCUGAAAGUGCUUCAAGAGCUCUUUCAAACGGUACCAAUAAUAGGUUACCGAAUAAACUGGAUCUAUCUGAUAAUUCAAUGUUUCCAGCUUCCAUACUAAAUGUAUGCCAGACAUACAUCAGUAACUAGUUUAUUGAUAUCUUGUAUAGUUUAGAAAUAAUCGAGUGAUAUCACUUAUCGUUUUCACCCUGGAUAGUGUCAAUCCAUCAUGUUUCGUAUUGGCCAAUGUAAAGACGGGAACGACGGGUCAUUCAGUUUGUGUGAGGAUGAUGAGAAUGUAUGUUAAGGUAUUAAUUGUUAAGAGCAACAGAUUACAUUAUGUAAGUGAACUGUUUAUGAAAAUAUAUUGAGAAUCAAUCUCGA